CAUCUGUGAAAUCCUCUGAUGGCAUGACACUGAAUAUUGCUUAUCUUACAUGCACUCAUUGCUGAUUUAUAGGUAGUACGAUACCUACCCAGUUUGCAUUAGGAGCAUAUAUAUGUGCUGAUGGUGGUCUGUAAAUAUAACAAGAGUGAAACCACUUCAGCUAAGUGUGAAAUAUUGCCUGUAGGAAAAAUGCAUUUCUUACUUACUAUAAAUUUUUUAUGCAGAAUAUAAGAAUGGAAAAAAAUAAUAUAUUUCCAAGUGAAGUCAGUCUGAGAUUUGGUGCAAAUGCAUACUUUAAUCCGUAAGUUUCAAUAUGUCAUAUUAGAAGCAGUACUAUACAAACAUAAAGAUGUCUUCUAGUUGAUUGUUGUAUUAAGAUGCUGAAGAGGUGUAGGUAAGUGGUCCCGACCUUUGGUGGUGGAUGAUGUUGAACACUUCCUUUUGUACCUGCCCCUCAGUCUUUGUGUUGAAGUCAACUCAAGAAUGAAAGCUCUGAGGUAGACUGAGCACCUAUGGAAAAGCUGUGCAUGCAUUAGAAUUUAUUCAGAGCUGUGCGAAUGGAGAGCUGUGGUAGCAAUUUGAGUGAAACAAGAAAAAUGAUCCAACAGGUCCUUCUGUUAUGUUAUGAAGAGGACUUUAAGAUAUUUAAGUUUUCUGCCUGCCGGUGUCACUUCCUUUUCUUUUUUUUUUUCCUCCUCACUUCAUGUGAAAGAAGAUUCUGUAUUUUAUCCUCCGCUACAGAAUCCACAUGAUUUGUGUUUCCAGUCUGUGUAGUGCAUGAGAUGGAACAGAUAUAAGUAGAGAGACCGGGAAUGAGGAGACUCUUCCAUCUCAACAGACCAAGGAAUUUUCUCUCUGAUGAUUUUCCCAGGCUUCUGCAUAAACUCUAGCUGUGUGAACUGCCACGCACAGUGCAAUGUGAAAACAUACGGUUGGUUCUUGUGUGCUGCCCUACUGGGCCUGUCUCCUUCUCACUGAGUUCUGAAGGCACUCAACGCCAAAUUCAUCUGAAAUGGGGGUGGGCAUCAAAAGAAAUUCCCCUUUAAUCUGCAAAUCUCUCUUCAGAUGUUUGAUGAUGUCAGUCAUUUUCAUACUUCCAACGUCGUAAUUCUGGAAGGAGCAGGAAGAGGAGCUGUGGAGGUGUGCUGUGAAAAGUUCAUGUUGUUGGAAGACCACCUCAUCUUGAGGGCUGCUUAUUUGUCCUCUUUAAAAAAAAAAAGAUAACUAUAAUCACAGGCAACCACUGUUUAAAUCAUAAUUUAGGCCCGAGAGAGCAAUGUUCUUGUACUAACCUUCUGUGUUAUUGUUUUCUGAAAUGCUAUUUUAGAAACAAGCUUUGGCCUUAUGUGCUUCUCUGGCUUAGAUAGCAAAAAUCAUGGCAAAUGGCUGCAUAAUUUCUUUCCGCAUUCUGCAUGGAAGUCUAAAACUGUCCACUCUUGUUUGACAGCAGCUUUCUGUGAGCAACCAAGGGUCCGAGAUCCUUGCUUAAAUGCCAACUAAUGUGACGGGGUUGCAUGUUAGAGAAAUGCAAACUGAACAAAUAAAAUAAGUGAAAACAGUUUAUAAAAGAGAAGAAAUGUGACUUCAGCUGCUGACACACGUUAGCUUGCUGUGCUCUAUUAUUGCUGGCUGAAAAUACAUGGUUUUGCUUAUCUUAUAAGAGAGGUGUUCUGUAUAACUGCAGAUUCCCCACUGUGAAGGCCUUUCAGUGAGGGACAUCCAACACUUGGCCAAGCAUUGGCCGUACUUGCAUUUACUAUCCUCAGAGGCAUCUUCAAGGGGUUGUUUUAAGCUCUGACUCUGUUGGCUCUAGACUAACUUUCACAAUGAUGUUUUGGCAUAAGGAGUAUAGUAUGCUGGCAUAAGAGAGGACUCCAGGCACCAACACAGUGCCUUAUACUAUGCCUGGGUAUAAGACAAAAUGCAUUUCUGCUGAGUUCUGUAGUCCACAUUUACGCUUGGAUUGGAGCAUGAUUUGGCUUUCUUGGUGUAACAGCUAUUCUGUCUUGAUGCCCCGAAUAACACUGUUUUGGUGCAAUCAUAUAAGACAAGUGAUGCAAUGCAACGCUCCUAUUAGUUCUGAAGGAGAUCACCAAUUUGCUUUAAUUAGAUCCACUUAACGCUAAAUAUGUCGUUUGUUUCUAUAAAAGGAAGUAAAAAGGUUAUUCCAAAGAGGGCACUCUUGAAAAUACAUUAAUUUAGUCAUCCGAAAAUGUGUUUAAGGUUACUCAUCCCUUCUCACGUGGUUGUUCAGAUGCCUGAUCCAAAGGACAAGUGAAACAAUGGGGGGCUAGUUACACAAAUACGAAGCUGUAGAGCAGGAGGUUGUCCUCAGAACUGUUUCCUGUAACCUGUAAUUGGGUCUCCAAGGAAGCAUAAAUUACGCCUGCAGCUUGAGCUGUAGCUAAUGCUCUGUGAGGAUAAUUAUUCUGCUGAUUGCUGGAGGAAAAAGAGCGAAGGAAUAGGUGCAGCAUGCAGACAGCCAAUAUGAAUGCAGUGUGUGUGAUAGCUCCACUGUUUGUUACUUUAUGCUAAUCAAUUCUUAGGGCAAUAAUAAGUGAAUUAUCUGUGCUGGUUCAUUUCCCAGACUACCAGCUUAAGGGCUCUUCCUGUUCAAACCUGGCCAGACUGGAGGACCUUGAAACAAGUCUGUGAACCAGGGCUUUAGGUAUUGAAAGGGUCUUUCCUCUUCAUUUGUAUACAUGCUGCAGACACCAGUUUGCACUUACAGGAACGAUUGCUGCAAAUCGUCUCCAGCUCUGUCACUUACCAAUUAGAUAACUGCAUAUAGGUGGAUUAAAAACUUGAGGGCUCCCCAAAAUUUUAGGUCUUUGUGUUUUUUACAGAGGAACUCUUGGUACAAGGGUCACUACCUUGCUGUCAGAGAAUCAUAGAGUCAAUCACCAAGGUUGGAAAAGAUCUGCAAGAUCAUUCAGUCCAGCCAUCCACCUAUCACCAGUAUUUCUGACUAAGCCAUGUCCUUCAGUACGACGUCUAAAUGUUUCUUGAACGCCUCCAUGGAUGGUGACUCCACCACCUUUCUGGGGAAUCCAUUCCAGCAGCUGACCACCCUUUCAGAGAAGAAAUUUUUGCUAAUGUCCUGUCCACAUACUUUCCCUUUGACAGAAAUGAGUCUGCUUUGGCGCGUGAGUGACCUCUCCUGCAAGGGGUUAGGGCUCAAAUGGUAUCUGCCUGAGUGGGCUUUGGUGGCAGAGCGCUGUUGUUUUCCCGAAAGCUGAUUUUGGAUAUCCCAGGUACGGGGUUGGAAUGUUCAAGUUGGGUGUUUGUGUCUGACUACUGCACCCACUGUCUGAAUUUUCCCCAACCUACUGUCUAGUUACUAUUGGAAAGAUGGAGGUGUAGGACUACAUCUUCGCACCCCUCUGGUGAUGGAGGUUCCUGGGAGUCUGUUCAAUGCGGUCUUCAGCGAUUGCUCAGUACUACCUGAUAGCUCAGAUACAUUGGGAAUAGCUCAUCUGUGGUUUUUCCUGCGUAUCAUUCUGAAAUGAGGUUUUAUCCUGCGUGUCACAGUGCCACAGCACACAAAUCCAACGUGAGUAUCCUAUCCUUCACAAAUGCAUGCCCACCUCAUUAGUAACUAUGUGUGAUGUCACAAAUAGUGAUUUCUGCAGAUUAAGAGCUAGGAGUAAUGAACUUCUGAAAAAACAGCUUAUGCAAACGCUGCUAUCUCCUUCCUACCAGUAUAGUUUACAUGCAAACUCUAGGAAGUUUAUGACAACAGCUGUUAGUUUUUUUUCUACCUCAAGAGGUUUUGAUAGCAGUAAUGGCCCUCAUUUGGGCAUCGCGAUUGCAUCAUAACAGGAUUUGGCUCCUGAUCUCUUAAUGUAUAAACUCUGUUGUUUGAAUGCAGUAAUUCCACGUUGGAUUGCUAUUUAGAUCCAGAAGUUGCAUCAUUCUCAUAUGUACAAACAGUGAAUCUCUAGGGCUCCUGGCUACCUUUCCCUUCACCCACAGUGUGUAAUAAUAACAUAUGUAAGUGAGCUGUCUGCAAAGUACAGGUUCUUCAAACAAGCAAACACUGCUUUUUAGAGGCUGCGGUUAGGAAGUAAGGCAAGAGAAACACGUAAGGAAUGGUCUGUGAAGUGCACCACAGAGUGAAUGGUAUUAUGAGACCUGCUGCUGCCUGAAUUUGGAAAAGCUCUACUCUUUCCUCCUGCACGCUGGCUCCAGGUUCUUCUGAGGACUAGGAGAAGACCCAGGCAAGAGAAGAAGGAGGAUGCUAUUCAUGUCAUCCGUGGGGUUUUUAUUUCACUUCUUCAGGAAAAAUACAACCAAGGCAACUUAGUGUGUAGCUAAGUGACUGGCUAUCCUGAGGAACAGGUAUUCUUUCUUGCCUGGCGUGCAAACAGACCUGUUUUGCAAGAGAUGUAGUUGAAAAUUGCUUUCUCAAGGAUUUUCCCACUGCAAAUUCAGCUAUGGCAAAGAUUAGCUGGGGUCCAGUUGUAACAAACUAUAUUGAAGGUAAGCUGAUGGACAACAGAAGGGACGCCAUUGGAAGUCCCUUUAACAUCUAUUAGCUGCUUUAUAAGCUGUGAUAGUAGCAGUAAUAUUCAGGAUCUAUGUGUAACUACAAGCUGUUCCAUGUGUAAGGAGAAGAGACCUGCUCACAGUCUCUGUACGAGCUGCAAUAAGUGGCUGUGCAGCACAUGUACAGAAGAGCACAGGCAUGGCAAGGAAACUGGGGACCGCUUCCUGUCUGUAUCCCUGAAGGGCUGCACAGCGACUGAAGAAGAAGCAAGUGAAUUGCCCUUACUUUGUCCAGUGCACACUCAAGAACCACUCAAGCUCUUCUGUGAGACCUGCGAUAUCCUUACAUGCAGCAGCUGUCUGCUGAAGGACCAUAAGGAACACAGGUUCAGACAUCUUGAUGAAGCUUUGCAAAAUCAGAGAGCUAUCCUGGAAAAUGUUGUAACUAAAGUGGAAGAGAAAAAAAGUGGAAUUCAGGUUUCAGCUAAACAGAUUGAAGACAGGUUGCUUGAAGUAAAACAUUUAUACAAAAGAGUAGAAAAUCAAAUCAAAAUGGCCAAGAUGGUUUUGAUAAAUGAAAUCAAUAAACGAGCAAACAUCCUUCUUGAACAACUUGAAAAAAUCACAAAUGAAAGGAGGCAGAAAUUGGAGCAACAGCUGCAAGGUGUUGUGGUUUUAAGUGCACAGGUUGAACACGUGCAGAACUUUGUCAACUGGGCAGUAUGCAGUAAAAACAGCAUCCCAUUUCUCUUCAGUAAAGAACUGAUUGUGUUUCAGAUCCAGCGCUUGUUGGAGACGAACCCUGACACAGACAUAGCUCCUCCUCUGAAGAUCAGAUUCACUUGGGAUCCCUCCUACUGGAGUAAGCAGCUGUCCAAUUUUGGAGGUUUCACUAUGGAAGGUGGACACACUUCACAUUCUGAUGUCCUCCUGUGUGGAAAUGUACAAGGGUUACAGACACCCUUGUAUCAUGGGCACUGUUCCCCAGUGUCACAGCUGGAGCCUAUGAAUAGCCAGCCACAUCAGUUUCCCCCUGCCCCUCCGUGUCCUAUUCCUGUGUGUUGCUCACACUGCCUCAGUGUACCUCACCCAAACAAAGCUCAGCCUUCUCACCAGAACAUAAGCCCCCAUCAGCAUUUCCGACAGCCUCCCGAACUGCAUCAGCAGCACUUUCCCCUGCAGUACAGCAUGCAGCAACGUGACAAAGAGCAAAGGGGUGUUUCCCAGCCUCUCAAGCCAUCACAAUCUGAACUAGAGCAGCAGUCAAGGUCUGAGUCAGAGAAUGGAUCUGGGAGGAUGGGAAAGCACUUACCAUCUCAGCUGCAACAGACUGUGCCUCUGGGUUACGCCGUUGUAUCACAUGAGGCUCAGCAGGUUCACACAAGCCAUCCACAGCCAUUUCGCUCACAGACUGCUUUGCAGACAUCAACGGUGCAAGUGCAGCUUGGCCAUCUUCAGAAGAUAAAGUCUAACUACGUGCAGCAGCCACCGCAGCAGCAGCUAUCGCCAGCAUCACCACCACCAAGUCAAUAUGAGAACGCUCACAAACAAGUCAUGCAGCAGAGCCUGGACAUAAUGCACCACCAGUUUGAACUGGAGGAGAUGAAAAAGGAUCUGGAGCUUCUUCUCCAGGCCCAAGGGCAGUCCAGCUUGCAGCUGAACCAAGCUAAGCCACCUCAGCAUGUUCAACAGACCAUAGUGGGUCAGAUAAAUUACAUAGUGAGACAACCAGCCCCGAUUCAGCAGCAAAUUGAAGAUGAAGCACAAGUCUGUGAGAAUUCCACUGAACUUGAUGCCCAGAAGCCCGCAGUUCCUCUUGACAGAAGCAAAAUAUCUUCCAUGUCCCAGUCACUGGAUGAAGAAGUCAGUGUCAGCAGUCACUCCCCUGGGACAACAUCACAACAAUCAACUUCCCAUCCAGUGAGAAAGCGUUCAGCAUCAUUAGGCAUUGUGGGCUUUUCAAACGAGUUAGAAAUGGAACUACCUUCAAGAUUAUCUAGGUCUGCCGAUCCACAGGUGCAAGGCAUAGCCACUGUGGCACUUGGCCCAUCCCCAAACACCCGCUGUGACUGUGAUUCUCCACCAGAGCCAGUACCCAGCUACAGCUUAGCAUUGGGAAGAGCUGAGCUGAGCCCUGGGGUUUCUACUACCUUCACACCAGGCGAUGUUCACCAGGGCAGUGCGAAGUGCAAGCUGGAAAAUGAAGACUUCAACACUGUGGAUCAUCAUCCAGAAAACAGCUUGGCUACAGCUGGGCAAGAUGUAGUGAAUGAAUUAAGUCUUUCUAUGCAAAAUAUUCUGGAAGAACCUAUUAAUCUUUCGGUCAAAAAAUCUCAGCGUUGUACUUCUCCUUCUGAACUGCUCAGCAACAAUUCUCUUCUUCCUGUGAAUGCCAGGAUGAGACCACUUAGAAAUGAAGAAGAUUCCAAUAACUGUGAAAAGGAACAUUUUGAAAUGGUUAUGAAAGGCAAUCAGAAUGUCAGUGCUUGCCUUGGAGAGCUGAAGAUCCCCUACGUGAGACUGGAACGUCUGAAAAUAUGUGCCUCAGAAUCUGGGGAGCUACCAGUUUUUAAGCUCCAGCCACAGGAGAGUGGGCAGGAGGGCAAUUUUCUCCUGAUAAUUGAGCAUGGGACCCAGUCUUCAAGAAUGGCUAUAAAAAUAAAUAAAGGUGGUUCACCUGAAGGACUGAAAUCCGAAGAGGAGAACUCAGAUGACAGAAAAUUUCUCAUAACCCAGGCUGCAGGACAGAUAAAAUCUCCUCCUGCAGAUGCUCCAUCUGUCGAUCAGAAGCUCACCAAUGGUACCUCCAUCACAAAGAAAUCUCCAGUUACUCAGGAAGUCAAUACAAUUGAGAAUGAGGACUUCUGUGCUGUGUGUCUUAAUGGAGGAGAACUGCUGUGCUGUGAUCACUGCCCCAAGGUCUUCCAUCUCUCCUGCCAUGUUCCAGCCCUACUCAGCUUUCCAGUGGGGGAAUGGGUGUGUACGCUGUGCCGUAACCCAAUGAAACCAGAGGUAGAAUACGACUGUGAAAACACGCGCUAUGCUCAUAGUUAUAAUGCACAAUAUGGCCUUGAUGACUAUGAUCAGAAGAAGUGUGAAAAGCUGGUGCUUUCCCUGUUCUGCAGUAGUAUGAGCCUCCCGUUCCAUGAACCCGUCAGCCCCCUGGCUCGACAUUAUUAUCAGAUCAUCAAAAGGCCGAUGGAUUUGUCAAUCAUACGAAAAAAGCUGCAAAAAAAGGAUAAGUUCCACUAUUCUGCACCCGAGGAACUUGUGACUGACGUGCGUCUCAUGUUUUGGAACUGUGCAAAGUUCAAUUAUCCGGAUUCAGAGGUUGCUGAGGCUGGACGAUGUCUAGAUGUAUUCUUUGAGGGCAAAUUGAAAGAGAUUUAUCCAGAUAGGCACUUCCCUUCAGCACAACAAGACGACAGUGACUGUGAAGAGUUGGAGAGCCAGAACAGCAAAAUGCCCCCCCAGGAUUUUCACUGGCCAUCACACGAACAGGAGUGUGCUCAACCUAAAAAGAGGAGACGCCACACUGGAAGUGACAAAACUAAGAGAAUGACGUUUCAGACUGCUAACAGCCUUCCUCAGGUGUGACCUCCUGAAGAUACCCCAUUUGCCAUGAGAAGUCCAGCAGAAUAACUGACACAGUUAAGGUGUGUGGGAGGAAAGCAAAGCACUCGGGCUGUUAAUUUAUAUCUUCUCCUACUCUGCUGACCAUAUGCCUUAUUUGUAGAUGUUGUGGAUAGAUAACAGGUCAAAAGUGUUUGAUUCUGUCUAUAUUCCAUCUGUUAAAUCACGUGUAGGUUUUACAAUGUUUACGCUAAAAUAAUGACGUUUUGGUGAUAGAUAAUGAUUAAUAAUAAAAGUAAAAUGCUAAGAAUAUUUAAAAUUGCAAUACCACUUCAUAAUCUGUUCAACAUGACAUCUCUAUUUUAUAGAACACGGGUAACCAUGUAAUAAUCUUAUAAUGACAGUGUGAAUAUCGGCCGUGCUUUGUGAUAAAUACAAUGUGUGGUCAUAAGACAUAAUCCUGUUGUCUUAUUCAAUGAUGUUUCUGGGAGCUUGACUGCUCGAGGCCUAUGGGAUACAGCCUAAUGUGAUUAUCUGAUUAGCUGUUUCUUUUGAAGCAGAGCGUUCUCAUUAAAUGACUAAAGAGCUUCUGCAUUAUGUGACACAGCUCUGCGUGAGCUGCUGCUGAGUGCACGCUGGAUGCUCAGUUUGCAAGGGAUGGUUCUCCUGGUAUUUAAUUCAUGCUCUGUAAGGCAGAGUGGAAUUUUUGGGGUCCUCAAAGGCACAACCCAGGCCAGUUGUUUUUCUUUAAGGCAGAUCACUUUAGUAUGUUCACGAUGGAGCAAUUUACGUGGUUAUAGAAGUGCCUAUAAAAUAACAUCAUGUACCCCUGAUUUUCUCUUAUUUCUGUUUAUUUCUUGUAGUCGUGAUGAUUAGCAGUGCUAGAAGAUGAUGAUGACGUAUAUGUGUAGAAGCUCAUGCAGGAUGAAAGGAUGCCUAAGCCUUUGUUGUCCUAAAUUCUGCAUCGUGCUGGCAGAACAACUCCAAGGGCUGAAACAGCAACUUUAGAGUUCACUGGAGCAAAGGAUAGCAUGUAAUUGUAAGGCCUAAAGGGUGGAAUAGGUAACAAAACAUGACACCUGAUCAGAGUGAUGGUUUGCAAGCUCCUUUCCGCCUCUUCUAGAAGCAGAUGAGCCACAUAUUCACAUGGCCAAUGCUUUCUCCCUGUGUACGUGAGGGGCAUCUCCCUCUAUAGGGCUCUGCCUAGCAGCGUAAAGCUGGGCUGUGCUCUGGCUCCGAGAGAGGGAGAGGUUGUUGCAGAUCUCAUACCCAAUUAGAGUCCAUUUUAAUUAGCGUCCUGUAAAUAAAGAUGAUAUUUUCAGCAUAGUUUAUAAUGGGCUCUUCGGUCUGGUAACCACGUAUGUUAUUUUAGAUAACGCUUUGAAGUAAAGGUUUAUACAUGAAACAGUAAGAUGUGAAUGUUAUAUUCUGCUGUCUGCGACUUACUGUUUGCCAUCGACAUGGUAGUGAGCUGAUGUUUUCUUUUCUUUGAUAAAAUAAAACUCUGGCUAUUAUAAGCUGA